GAACAUUCUCACAAAUCACUACAUCAUGAUGCCAGCUUCUGGACUCAUCUUCUUUUUCAUGCUCUUCCUCACAGGAGUGGAAUCCUCGGAGCAAGUGUGUUCUUACCAUGAUGUGUUGAAUCAUCUCAACUUGACCACACAAACGACUUUGUACAAGAUGACGAGGCCGGUCAAAGACUACAAAAGGCCGACUUUAGUUUCGCUGCAGCUUAUUCUAUACGCCAUUCUAGACGUGAGGGAAAUUGACCAGACCUUCAUUCCCUAUGUUUGGAUUUUAACGAGCUGGUACAAUGAUCACAUCUUUUGGGAUCCUGAGCAGUUUUGCGGGAUUAUGAACAUCUCUGCCCCUAUCGAAUUGUUUUGGAAACCAGAUCUGACCAUUGAAGAAAUGAUCGAGAAGGACAAGGCCCCCCCGAGCCCUCACCUCACCAUCUUCCACGAUGGCUUCGUGGUCAUGCAAAACAACCAUGUACUGCUCAGCACGUGCAAGUUGGACAUCUACCAGUUCCCCUUUGACCACCAGAGCUGCAAACUCACCUUCAAGUCUGUGGUCCACUCAUCGCAGGAACUCCAGCUGCUUCAUGCAAUCAGCUCCGCCGAGGCCACCCAGUGGUCACGGGAGGGAAUGCGCACGCAGAACGAGUGGAUCUUUGUCAGCGCGACCGUUGUCGACAACAGCAGCGAGUUCGGGAUCGAGCAAGUUGUUUAUACUAUCAACAUGAAGAGGAGGCCGGUGUUGUACAUCAUCAACUUCCUGUUGCCUCUCCUCUUCUUCCUGGCCCUGGACUUGGCCUCAUUCUUCAUCUCAGAUAGGGGCGGCGAAAAGCUGAGCUUCAAGGUGACCGUGCUGCUAGCCGUCACUGUCAUGCAGCUCAUUCUCAACGAGAUCCUCCCCUGCUCAUCCAACAGAAUCCCUCUCAUAGCCGUUUACUGCAUCGGUAUCUUUGCGUUGAUGCUGGUCAGCCUGCUGGAGACCAUUUUUGUCAUGUACCUGAUGGAAAAAGAUAAUGGCGGGGAGGAUGUCACGGUCAGCGUGGAUCAAAAUGCUACUGCAAAGAAAAAACAAAGUUGUGCAUGCAUCUGUAAAGGGUCCUCGGAUGAAAAUCCACCUGAAAUGAUCAAGGAUGGCCGUCUGACCGAGUCCGACUCUCUGGAGGGACUCUCCAACGAGACGAGGGACUUGAUGAAGGCCCUCACGCUGCUUCUCGAGAGCAGGAAGGAAAAAGAGAACAAGCCCGGCUACUGGACCAGACUCGCCUUGAAAAUCAACAGAAUCUUUUUCAUCAUCUACAUCACUGCUGUGUCUUUGUUUUUAACCGUGUUGAGCUUCUUUUGGCAUACAAACCAAGAAUAAAAGAUUGAUUAAAGCGAUACCACAGCGGGCUUUAGAUAGCAUAUGCAUGCCAUUGCUUGAUGCAGAUUUACUUUAAAAUAUACGUGUUUUUUUAACAGUACAAGCAUGCCUGAAACAAAAACUGUAUUCAUGCAUCUAUGUUCACCAUUUAUGAAAU